AUGGCAUUUAGCACAAGACUAGAACAAAAGUUCAAGGGGGCAUAAUGGUCAUCACAAGAGACCGCCAUGACCAAACUAGUCCCCAAAAUUCACAUAAAAAGCCACAACAUUCCCAACCUUUUCCACACACUACAAAAACAGUUAAAAGGUGAAGUCCAAGCACACGAUCCCAUAAUGGAAGAAACAACAACAGCAGCAACAACAACAAUCAUGGCUGCUCUGGCCACACUCAGCCCACCCCAACUCUCAGAUCUCACCCACACCAUCCUCUCUCACACCCACCAUCACCGCCUCCGCCUCUCCUCUCUCCUCUCCUCUCCCAUCCUCUUCUCUCUCACCCUCCACCGCCUCAACUCCCUCUCUCUCCCACACAAGACUCUCCUCAUCGCCAACCACCUCCUCUCCUCCCUCCACCACCUCACCCUCCACUUCCAACCCAACCCGCCACCGCCGCGUGUCAAGCAACGAGACCUAGACUCUGUUCUGCUGCUCCUCUUGCUCUGCGAUGUACACCAGCACAACCCAGAAGCCCUCCAAGCACCAACAUCAAAAUGGCGCGAAAUUCUGAGCAACUUGUACUCUGACGACAUGUUGACGGUGUCAGGCAUUGGGGUCUAUAAUGGGUCGGCUUUGGUUUCUUACAUUGAGGUGCUGACGAGGUGCUUGAGAUUUGUCAGUGUCAUGGGUUUUUGCUAUGGCGGGAAAGUGGGGAAAGAGGUGGCGGCGUCGCCGGCGGGGGGGGGGGGGCGGCUGCCGUCAGUGGAGGUGAGAGGUGGCGGGAGUGAGUGUGUGAUAUGUAAAGAGGAGAUGAGAGAAAACAGAGAUGUGUGUGAAUUGCCAUGUCGGCACUUGUUUCAUUGGAUGUGCAUUUUGCGGUGGCUGAAGAAGAGGAACACUUGUCCAUGCUGUAGAUUUAGGCUUCCCACCGAUGAUGCAUUUGGGGAGAUCCAACGGCUGUUGGAGGUUUUGGUCAAGAUUGCUAAUGAAAAGGGUUUAAUCUGAGGGCAUUGAUUAGCCGAGAUCGGGUACCAAUGUUCAGUGGAUUUAACUUAAUUCCAUUGAUUGUGUAUUUUUCUUCGUACAAACAAUAUUGGAGGGAGGAGGAUUCGAACACAUGAUUUCGGAUACAGAAAUAACUACUCUUAAUUACUUAAUUUAUAAGUCCUUGUCGAGUAAUUGUGUAUUAAUUAGAGUAGAUUAGUUUGUACUUAGUACCAAGCAGUCUUUUACCUUGAUUUUUUAAAGUUGUAUAUGUAAAUAGUAUAUGGUGAUCA